ACUUUUUCUCGACCCGGCAUGAAGACGAUCUCGACGCUCGCGGUGCUGGCGGUCGCCUCCACCAACGUCCACGCGUUCUGGGACGCCGGUCACGAGACGGUCGGUGAAGUGGCCACGCAGCUCAUGGCCAAGGAAGACGUCACGACGCUCAACACGAUUCUGAGCCGCUGGAACACGCAGUUCCCGUUCACGGGCGACAUUACGUCGGCGUCCAUGUGGCCCGAUCUCGUCAAGUGCAACUCCAAGCUGCCCCACUGCCCGUCGCCGCUCAUCCCGUCGCUCGGCACGCAGGACGACUGGCACUUUGUCAACAUCCCGCUCAACGUCAACGGCUCGGAUUGGAACGGCAUUACGGACCCGAAGCAGCUCAUGGCCGCGUCCAUCGGUGGCCGCGCCGUCGACACGCUCAACAACGCGCUCUCGACGUUUGGGAAAACGGGCUCCAACUGGUCGGCCAAUUUUAUGCUGCGCUACUUCCUCCACGUCUUUGGCGACGUGCACCAGCCGCUCCACACGGUCGCUGGUAUCUCGGCUGACUUCCCCAAGGGCGAUCUGGGCGGCAACAACUACAAGUUUGCGCAGCCGUGCGACGCCGGUGCCAACCUCCACUCGAUCUGGGACAGCGCGGCCAACCGGUACCCGGUCAACUGGAGCCCGAUCGAGAACGACCCGAACCGGCUCGAGAUCACCAAGAACGCGACGGCGCUCAUCACCAAGUUCCAGGGCCAGACCGAUGCGCUCAACUUCAAGAAGUACGCGUCGCUCUCGUACAAGGAUUUUCUCAAGGCGAUGAAGGACGAGGGCAUCCAGGCCGUGAUCCUCGAGUCGUACGGCAUCGCGCGCACGGUCGUCUACAAGGACAUUGACUUGACCGUCACCAACAAGAAGGUGCCGUGCCCGACGGCCGCGUACCAGGCCAAGCUCCUCUCGACGUUCGAGAACCGCGUCUACACGGCCGGCUCGCGCCUCGCGGUGGUGCUGACCCAAGUCGCCAAGCAGCUCAAGUCCGCGACGCUCUUGUAAUCGAUUUUACACUACAUUUAAACGGACCAACUACAACUACUAUCUGGCGUGUGUCGAGGC